UGUAUCUGCUGUAGCCCGCUAUUGGUGUGAAACAUACCCCGAGAUAUUCGGUUGCUCGGCCUAUGCUGUCUCUGAUUGGCUCGCAUCCAACCCCUAUUUGCCCUAAUCUCCCCUAACAAUGGGUUAGCUUCGGCCCCAGACUCGGGUCCCUAAUCCCUGAAGCUUCCCCGCCAAUCUCCCCUGCAGAUCGCUAGAAGAAGCCCGGGUGUCGGUAUUCCAACGAUUUGAGUGGUUGCGAUACCCUCCCAGAAUGAUGCUAGUUAAUAGCGGCUGAUGUUUCUAUUUCCCUGGUCACGUCAUCUACCCCAAUAAGUCUGGGGUCGACUCUUGCGCGUUCUAGCCAUCUCGCUAUCUCAGCUAGGUUUACUUACCGAGGCAGCAAGGUCUUGUUCAUGGAAUAAAUUAAGUUAAAAAGGGUGUAUUUCCCUGGGGAUAUCAUGGAGGAAACUCAGCCUUUGCUUCAACGAUCUUCCGAAGACGCGCCAUUACGACCCAUGAUGAAGGGUACACUGUUAGGAAAGGUUAGGGCCUAUUGGCUGGGCUCCGUGGUGUGUAUGGGCGGGUUUCUGUUUGGAUACGACAGUGGAAUUGUCGGCGGCGUAUUGACAUUGGCCUCUUUUCAAUCCGAUUAUCGUUAUGGCAGCGCCGACAAGACUCACACAAGUUCACUCGCUGUUGGCCUUCAACAACUCGGGGGAUUUUUAGCCUGCUUCCUCGCCUGGCCUAUGACUGACAAAUUAGGGAGAAAGAAGUCGCUUAUGAUUUCUUCGUUCGUCUUCUGUAUCGGUGUUGUGAUCCAAACUAUCAACACUCACUCGCUUCCGGCUUUCUAUGUUGCAAGACUAGUCUCGGGAAUUGGACUUGGCGCAGCUACCGUAGCCGUCCCUAUGUUCAAUAGCGAGAUGAUGCCAAAAGAAAUGCGUGGUCAAGUCGGAUCGUUCUUUCAGUGGUUCUACACCUUCGGGAUCUUCGUGUCAUACUGGGUUGAUUACGGCGUAGCUAGGGGGAUAGCGUCAACGAACCCUUCGCAAUGGCAAAUUCCAAUCGGACUUCAGCUCGCGCCUGCAGUUUUCCUGGGCUUGGGGAUGUUAACAGUCCCCGAAAGUACACGAUGGCUCACAAAAAAAGGGAAACAUGAUGAAGCGUGGAAAAGUCUUCAGUGGAUCCGAGCCGACGACUCCCAGACAACCACCGAAGAAAUGGAAGAGAUUCGCGCGGGUGUCACCGCAGAGGAAAUGGCCACCCAGGAUUUCCGAGUGAAAGAACUCUUAGAAGGGGAGAAUUUCAAGAGGGUGUUCGCUGCCUUCGCCGUUUUCACUGCGCAACAGGCGACCGGAGCAACCGCAUUUGCUUAUUUCGGGCCUCAAUAUUUCAAUCUCAUCGUCGGUAACGGAGAACAGAGUCUUCUACUCACCGCCAUAUUUGGUGCCGUCAAGGUUGUAGCUUGCGGUAUAUUCGUAUUAUUCUUCUCGGAACGCCUUUCACGUCGCCAGGUCUUAAUUGGUGGUGCCGCUUUCAUGGCCGCUUGUCAAAUUACUACAGCAGCUGUCGUGAAGUCUUUCCCUGCUCCAAACGGCGGAGGCCAGACCGUAGCACCAUCCGGUAUUGCGACCGUCGCCCUCAUUUACCUGUUUGUCAUUGCCUAUAAUUUCAGCUGGGGUCCAAUGCCUUGGCCCUAUGUUUCGGAAAUUUUCCCAGCAAGAAUUAGAGAACCCGGUGUAGCUGUCGGAGUUGCAUCCCAAUGGCUAUUUAACUUCAUAUUCUCCCUUACUACCCCAUACAUGAUUUCUUCGAUGGGCUGGGGAACCUUCCUGCUAUGGGGCAUUUUUGAUGCUGUCAUUGCGAUUCUAUCAUUCGCAUACCUCAAGGAGACCCGAGGUCUCUCACUCGAAGCUAUCGCGAACCAACGUUUCAAGGCUGCUAGUUCACCAAACGAUGCGCUGGAUACGAGCAAAGAUGUACAUGCGGAACACCACGAAGGAUAAGUGGGGGCUUGGCCUAAAAUAUCACAACAUAGGCAUCUCUUGGAAUAAUGACUAUAUUCUCGGAAACUUUCCAAAAGCUCGAGCUGCUAGUAGAGGUUAUAGCGUAGUUUAUUCCUCGGUUUAUUAUUUACCGAAAGCUGGCUAUUUAUCCAUCCACUUUACCCGGGAAUAUCAUCCCAAUGUAGGAAAUGCGGGG